GGCACUGAAGUCGCGCGGGGCAGAGGAGUCGGAGCCGGCGAUCAGGCAGCGACAGCGGCUGCGGAGGCGAUGGCAGAGAAAGAAUUGAAGCGAUGCCAGCAGCAGGCGGACGAAGUGACGGAAAUCAUGCUCAACAACUUCGACAAGGUCCUGGAGCGCGAGGGCAAGCUGGCAGAGUUGGAGCAGCGCUCAGACCAGCUCCUGGACAUGAGUUCAGCCUUCAGCAAAACAACCAAAGCUUUAGCCCAGCAGAAGCGCUGGGAGAAUAUCCGGUGCCGAGUCUACUUGGGGCUAGCAGUGGCUGGUGGCCUGCUCAUCAUCCUGAUUGUGCUGCUGGUCAUCUUUCUUCCAAGUGAUGAGGACAGUAGUAAACCAUAGGCCUAGGAUGCAGGCACUGCCUUAGGGACUGGGGACUGACCCAGCCCGGCCUGAAGGAAAGGCUGAAUGACUGCACUGGCCAGUUCAGGUCUCCAGAGAAUCCUGGUGUUUGCUUCCAUCUCGGACACCCCAGUGACUGCUGAAGGGCAUCCUGGAUAUGUGCAUCUCUGCAUCUCCCAUUAUGCCACGGACUGACCCUUGAGAGCAGCCUGCUGCACUGGCUGCACUGGCCCUAUUAGGCCACACCACUGGAGCUCAGUAAAAGCUGCUGUUUGGUUAAAAAA